UAUCAAAAAUAUCAGCCCCUUACCCUGGUAGAUACAAUUUCUUCUAAUGAUUCUCACCUUCGAUUCACGAUAUUCCUUACCGCGAAUCGUCACACGACGCGUCUUUUUUAAUCACCCGCUUUGUAUCCGUCCCUGAAAGCUUGGUAAAGCGUACGUUCACACAUCCGCUCGCGUACCGUUGUGUACAUGGCCGGCUAUCCAAGCGCUCGAAUGUGUUAGAGUGGGUGGCAGGGUGGUUGGCUGCGUUUAUGAGGGUGCGGGCCCGAAAUUGAAAAGCACCCCAGCGAGAGGUAGGCGAGGGUGGUCGUGCAGCAGUCAUUGACAAGCGAAAGACCGUAUCAGAGGGUAAUCCUAUUGGUGGACGGCCGCGUCGCGACGUCCAGGCGUCAUUGGUCCGCCUUCGAGCUAUGGGGCGUGGUCUCGAGUUCCUCGAGGGUUCACGUGGAGGGGUGAGAAAUGCCUGGCUGCAUCCCUGGCAACGAUUACCGGAAAACCACAGGGUCGUUCAGCGGUAGGAAUCCAGCAUGGCGGACCUAGCAACCCCUCCGGCUGAAUUCACCACCACUACCACCAGUACCACCAUCAACACCACCACUACCAGCCGAAACCAAAUCGUUCAGAGAGCAGUUUUUUAACGAGCAGCGUCGCAACAGUGGAUGGAUCUGAUUUCAGCGAGGAACACCGCGACGCUAGGUAUCGUUCUAUCCAGCCCGAUAAAGGAGAAGCACAGGUUGAAGCUACGAGAAAGAAAGCGGACAGAGGGUAGAAAGAGACGGAGAACGGGGUUUCACUACCACGUAGCCAACGAUCAACAAUUGCACGACGUUCAGUGGGCGAAGUAUAUUGCCUUUUAUAUAACGAGGAAUGUUCAUUGAUACACCAUGAACGGAGCAACGUCGGUUACUACUUCGGAAGAACAUCAGCAUCAACAUCAGCAACCGCAGAAUGAACCACCACCGGAGCAUCCGAGGAGCCCUACCAGCCCUUUGAGCAUUCGACAUGACUCUGGCGAGAGCAGCGUAAUCUCUCCAGGAUUACCAGAGCGUUACAGUCCUUUGGGGGCGACAGGAUCGACCUCGAGUCACGAUCCUUACGCCUCGAGGUCUGUUCAAGAAUGUCCGGUUCCCCUUUGCAGAGGAAUACCCACGGAUUUCCCUCUCGCGAGAUCGCCAUACUUAACUGCUUUGGGAAACGGACAUCCUCAUUUGUUGGGACAAGUUCAGCAACAGCAGCAACAACAACAGCAACAGCAGCAGCAGCAGCAGCAACAACUGCAACCGCAACAUGGUAGCAAACCACCACGCAGCCUUGGCUUGAUAUGCGUGGUCUGCGGAGAUACUAGCUCUGGGAAACAUUACGGAAUUCUCGCUUGCAACGGAUGCAGUGGUUUCUUCAAAAGAAGCGUCAGGCGGAAGCUGAUAUAUAGAUGUCAAGCCGGUACCGGAAGAUGUGUUGUGGACAAAGCUCACCGAAAUCAGUGUCAGGCGUGCCGUUUGAAGAAAUGUAUGCAGAUGGGAAUGAAUAAAGACGCUGUACAGAAUGAACGGCAACCCAGAAACACUGCCACCAUUAGACCAGAGGCUCUCGUCGAGAUGGACCAGGAACGCGCGCUUCGAGAGGCAGCAGUCGCCGUCGGUGUUUUUGGACCACCUGUGUCUUUAGCUAUGGCGAGAUACACGACACCAUUGCCUUUGCCCACCGUUGCGCCGACAACAAAUUCGACGAAUCCUCCAACACCACCGCGGCAGGACAAUGAAGAUGGAAAUGCAUCUGAAGAUAGUAUAGACGUAACAAAUGAGGAACCAUUGACACCCCAAAGAAGCGGUUGCACGCAAAUUCCACCUGUGAUCCCCUCGUUGUAUUCGCCUGCUAGUGCUGAAACGGUCUACGAAACCAGUGCUAGAUUGCUUUUCAUGGCUGUAAAGUGGGCCAAGAAUCUUCCGUCUUUCGCGAGUUUGCCUUUCAGAGAUCAGGUGAUACUUUUAGAAGAGGCCUGGUCAGAGCUUUUCCUUCUGAACGCAGUACAGUGGUGCCUUCCACUCGAAUCGUCGCCUCUCUUCAAUUCCGCGGAACUAACUGCCUUGACACUGUCGCCGCAUCCGCACCCUCAUUCCGGAAUCCAUAUGCAAACUACCACGGGAAAACCGAGUCAAGUUGCAGCAGAUGUGAGGCAUUUGCACGAUACCUUGCAGAGAUAUAAGGCUGUCAUGGUUGAUCCUGCUGAAUUUGCCUGUAUGAAGGCUAUAGUACUAUUUCGACCAGAAACCCGUGGCUUAAAGGAUUCCAGUCAGAUAGAAAACUUGCAGGAUCAAGCGCAAGUGAUGUUAGGCCAACACGCUAGGGCGCAGCAACCAGGAAGUCCAGCAAGAUUCGGCAGAUUAUUACUGUUACUGCCGUUGCUGAGGACAGUGCCAGCAUCGAGGGUGGAACUGAUAUACUUUCACAGAACAAUCGGCAACACUCCAAUGGAGAAAGUCUUGUGCGACAUGUAUAAAAAUUAAAGAUCAUUCUUCACCGAUAUUUCACCCGGAACAAUCAAAAAGAAACAUUUCACGAGAAUUUUCGAAUAAUCGAUUCUUGUACAGUGCCACGUUAAAAUCAGGAUAAGUGAAAUUUUACCGACUUCAUAGUAUUGAGGAUAAUUUUAUUUCUGUAAGGUGUUCAUUCCAUUCUGUGACAUAGUUCACAAUUUUCCAUUAAAAUAAAACUUCGAACGUUAAAAAAUAUAAAAAUACGCGAAGUAUUGGGCAUCGUAAUCGAAUCAUCACCAAAGUAAACGUAUCGCUGAUUUGAUCGAGAUUCCUUUGUAGUACCUGUACCUUCGGAUACAGUAUAUAAAAGAACACGAAAGACUUUUCUUUGCGAGAAUAUAUAAGUAUGCGAACUGGAGUGCAGCGUAGACGUUGAAAGUACUCAUUCAACGACAGAUUUGAGAAAAAGACUAGCAGGUAUGAAUAAACAAUUGAGCCGACUAAAUAAUCGAGAACGAUGUGUGAAAGCUUUGGCCUAAGGACGAAGCCCCAAGUAUGACCCUUUAAUAAAUUCUUCGCCUCGUCUAGUGAUUUCUUUCUACUAGAUCGGGGACGAGUAACGAUGGAUCCUUUGAGAAAAGUAACGAAUCGAUAAGUACAGUAUUUAGUUUAAUGGUUCAACGGUAUCUAAGUGAAACGAGGGAUACUCAGUUCUGACAUAAAGAUAUAGAUAUACACACAUAUUUAUUUAUUAUAAAAAUGUUUAUCGAACAUUAGGUUCGACGUGUUGACCAAGUCGUUUAAUCUUUCAGUUUUAAGUAGUCAAUUUUAUACGAAUCACACUAAUGACAAAAAUUUUCACUGGAGUAAGGAAUUUUUAUUUAAUUUAUUCGUGAGUUUUUUAACGUAUUAUUUAUGUUCACUGAAAUAUGUAAGAUAAGGUUUUGAAUAUACUUGAAUAACUGAUACGAACUUUCGGACAGCUGUAAAAAGAUACACGUCUGUGCUUUUCUUGUAUAUUUCGUGUUGUGAUACUAUUUGCUGUAAAAGUCUAGAUACUGAGUCACAUGACAUAUAUUGUAAUGAUUACCUAACCACUUGUAAUAAAAGUACACAUGCGUAAGAAUCAUCGAGACACCCUCCC